UUCUUUUUUUUUUUUACUUUUUUUUUUUUCUUCUUUCUUCUCAAUAAUGUCAACAACAAAAGAUAAUAGUGAUCACUUAACUCAUCCUCAAAUGUACCGACAAUCCAUCAAUCAUUCACAAUCAUCAAUUACAAAAAAUCAAUCAAAGAAAGAACAAAUAAUUUUUGAUUGGAAUAAAAUGAAUCAACAACAAGAACAAGGACAACAAGAUUUAUGGGAUUUAUAUCCUCAAUUGAUUCGUGAUAUAGAAAACAAAGGUACACGUGAACAAGUAAAACAUUUACAUGAUUUGGAAAACUCUCCUUCUAAACAACGAUAGAUUACCCUCUCUCUCUCCUUUAUCACUUUUUCAACAUUUUUCAAUAAACAUAUAUCUGUAUAUAUGUAUAAUAUGAUAUGAUGAUUUUUUGUUUUCAUUUGUUUGAGAAGAUAUAUAGGAGAAAAAUUUGAUAGAAAAAUAAACCCUAAAAACGAGGGAGAUUUUUUUUUUACCUUCUACUCCUUUUCUUUUAACCAUGUUGUUGCCUCGUUUGGUCCCUUUCAAUCUCCGUCGCAUGAGUUAAAAGAGAAAGUUUUCUAUUUUUCUCCUUUUCUUUCCUUUAUUCCCCUUUUCUCACUCCUCAUCAAGGAGAAA